UUGGCAACACUGCACUGCAUUGCCAAAACAAAAAUUUGAGCAUUAUUUUUUUCUAAAUUUAUAUAUUUCUGUUCAAGUGAAAACGCAUGAUUGGCAGAUAAAAAAGGCUAUGAAAUGAGUGUAUUAAAACAGCAGGAAAGGACGCCAAUAGAGGUGAUCCAUGAGUUUGUAACCGGCGUGGAUGAUGGCACCAUACGCCGUGAUCUAGCUGACGAUUGUGUCCUGAGUUUUUAUAGACGUACUGUAAGGGGUCCUGCCGCAGUAACUGGAUUUUUGAGAACCCGGGUGACAAAUCACUAUAAGCACGAGAAUUUUGAGGAGGCAGCGCCUCCCAGUUUGGGCCAAGAGAUAAUACUGCGCGAACGUUUCGCCACAGUCUUUGAACGGAGUCGUCGUCGCCUUUAUAAACAGAAUGAGGAAGAGAAAUCGACUGCUUUGCAUCUUCAUCCUGACAGCGACGAUGAGGAGGUGCCUGCAACACAUACCGUCCUUUUGACAACGCCCCCUCGGCCUUCCAGCUAUGCACUGGACACAAUAAAAUAUGUGGAGGCCAUUGGUAUGUUAAACAGACGUGAACGCUUCGUUUAUGGAGGCGUGGAUUUGGGCGAGUCCAGCACGGUUCACCUAACGUUGGGCUAUCGACGACACCGAUUGUCUGGUAGUGGAGUGCAGUACAUUGAGAUUUGCCUGGCUGUCUACGAUCGAGGUUCCAUAAGUCGUAACCAACACACUCAAGCGACUACAAGUAUUCCAUUCCCACGACGUGACAGUGCACGCUGCAAUACAACUACGGAUGACGAGGCCGAGGAGGCUGGUCCACUGCCGACGAGACGUGGCGUCUGUCGAACAUUAUUCACAGAAGAGAACGAUACGGAAGAGGAGCAAGAGCAAUUCCCGCAAGUAGGAGCUGGGGAGACACCUCAAGAUGAGGCUAACUCCCCUGUAGGACCCCUCCCAUCAGUUGUGAUUCCCAUUUGUAGUAGGUAUCCGCUAAGAAAACGUCACCAAACUACCAACGACAAUGAAACGACAUCCAAAAGAACUCCUGGUCAGAGCCGCCUGCGUUUUUAGACAAAGUCUAGAGGACUUUAAGUUUCUGUAGCACAAUUAUUUUUACUCAUAGGAGGGUUCCCAUAGAUACUUGAACACAUGUUAAAAAGACCUUUUACAGCCCGACAUGUGUUCUGUUAAUUCAGAGUAUGUAUCGCAUUACAUAAACCUGUAUAUCUGAGUUGAUUAAAAUUCGAUGUUAGUUAACUACGCCGUAUAUUUGUCGGGCUUCACAGUUGAAUACUUCAAUAAAAUGUCGCCGACGUUCCAAAUUGUAAA